AUGACAUAUAGAUCAAUAUUUUAUCUCAACACAUCAAACACGACGGUAUACAACACGAGCCUGCUGUGCCCUCACAACGUGAACCAGUCCCUCAUGAUAGCUGAACCCGAAGCCGACUCCGUGUACUGGGGGCUCCACACCACAGUACCACUCUACGUGGCGCUCAUCGUCUUCCCACUACUCAACUUUAGAGAUGUGUCCUUCUUUACCAAGUUCAACUCUUUAGGCACGCUAUCAGUAGUGUACCUGCUCGUGUUCGUGAUAGUGAAGGGCUACACGUGGGGCAUCAACAUCGGGACCAUCUUCACAGAGACACACCCCAUCAAGAACGCGGCGGUACUCAGCGGGAUGCUGGCCCUGUCCUUCUAUAUACACAACAUUAUUAUCACUAUCAUGAGUAAUAAUGCUAGGCAGGAUAAGAAUGGUAGAGACCUUACGAUAGCAUUCAUACUAGUCACAGUAACAUACACGCUAGUCGGAGCUGUCUUCUACAUCUGUUUUCCUCUCGCCAAGUCCUGUAUUGAAGAUAACUUAUUGAACAACUUCGAAAUGCAUGACGUCAUGACUGCGGUUGCUAGAAUAUUACUUCUGUUUCAAGUGGUCACGGUGUACCCGCUGGUGGCCUUCAUGCUCCGCUCGGAGGCGAUCCUGCUGCUGCCGCUGAAGCAGUCCCGCUGCCUCACCGUCCUCAUCAACGUGGCCAUCAUGAGCAUGUGCGUGCUGGUCGCCUGCUUCUGUCCGAGCAUAGGGACCAUCAUCAGAUACACGGGUGCAGUAAGCGGGCUAGUCCACAUCUUCGCGUUACCCUCAUUCCUACAGAUCCGGUCGCUACAGCUACGCGGUAAGCUGACCUGGUGGAAGACCCUCUUCUAUGCUGCUAUCGUACUCUUCGGAGCUGGAAACUUGCUCAUGCAGUUCUUUAUUAAUGAAUAACUUGGGUUUCGGUUGAAAACAAAGGUCAGGAUAUCUGAAAAUUAAUCUGGAGGUAAUGAAUAUCGUGGUCACGUGAUGUCAAGUAAAAAUCCUGCGGGUUUUAUCACA